CCGAUCAGCUGAGGUCAGUCUGAAGAUUCAACAUGAAGCUGCUCCAAGUCGCCCUGCUCGCCUGCAUCAUCUCAGGAGGCUGUGCACAGCUGGAUGUUUGCGGCACCGCUCCUCUGAACACCCGGAUCGUGGGCGGUGAAGAUGCGCCUGCAGGGACGUGGCCGUGGCAGGCCAGUCUGCACACCGCUUUCGGACAUUUCUGCGGAGGUUCGCUGGUCACCAAAGACUGGAUCGUGACUGCAGCUCACUGCUUCUCCAGCGACAGCACGUUGGGUCUGAUCGUUUACCUCGGACGUGACACCCAGCAGAGCCUGAAUCCUAACGAGGUUUCACGGACGCUGUUGCGGGUCAUCAGACAUCCCGACUACAACUCCGUCACCAACGACAACGACAUCGCCCUGCUGCAGCUGUCCUCAGCCGUCGACUUCACCGACUACAUCCGACCGGUAUGUUUGGCGGCAGAGGACAGCGACUUCCCGUCCGGAACAUCCUGUUGGGUCACCGGCUGGGGAGACAUCCAGAGCGGAGUUGCUGAUGGCGACUCGGGCGGUCCAAUGGUCAGUAAGAACGACUCCAUCUGGGUUCUGGCUGGAGUGGUGAGUUUUGGGAACGGCUGCGCUGAGCCCAAUUUCCCCGGAGUCUACACCCGGGUGUCACGGUACCAGUCCUGGAUCAACAGCUUCAUCACCACCAACCAGCCGGGCUUCGUCUCCUUCCAGCAAGAUUCCGGUUCGACCACCGGGGCGGCGCCGUUCCUCUCCGUGUCGAUGCCUCUGCUGCUGUCCAUCCUGCCCGUCCUCUUCUCUGUCUUCGUCCUGUCAUGGGAGGCUUAAAGAAGGUCGCCAGGCCAAAGACGCACUGCUUCUGACAAAACUGCCUCAUAUUUACGUUAAUAUUGAUUUCUCACUGAACAAGCUAAAAUUCUGCUCAUGGUAUCAAAUAUUUCCUCUUGUUUCUUGUUAAUUUUCCUGUGAUUUCAUAUUGAACUAAUCCCUCCAGUUCAUUUGAAAACAGUCCUGAAACAAAGUAUAUUGCAUCAGAAAGGGGUGAAAUAAUCUGAUCCCAUCAUCAGAAUUUCAUAUUUAAAUGUAGUGUUGCGCAUAAAAUUAAAUGAACUAUUAAAUAUGGUGAAAGUGAAAUAUUACAGAUCUACAGAGCCCGAACUCGACCAUUAUAAUAAUCAUAACCUUUUAUAGUGUUUAAUCAUAAUUCAUUUAAAGAAAUUGACCCUUAAAACUUUAAAUAAUGCAUCAAAAAUAAAUUCAACGUACAAUUCAAGCUACAACUUAAUAAGUAUGUUUUUUAAAACUGUCUUUAAAUGAUGCAACAAAGAUUACAUUUUAAAAACACAACAGCAAAAUGUAUGUGAGCUAAACUGAGCUGAUUUAUCUAACAGGUCAUUUUAUUGCUUUUUUUUAUUGGUUGCCAUUUUUACAUUUUGUGUCACCGCAAAAGAAAAAAGUUGUGUAAUUAAUCAAAUGAAAUGUAACAAUAAUAACGAAGCACUUAUGCAGAAUUUGACCGUUUUUAAGUUACAAACUAUUUUUAAAGAUUUAAACCAGGAAUAAAAUGUUUCAGCACCGCAAAUAAAGGCAAACAAUUCUAUUUAAAAAUGACACAAAAUUAAAGGAAACAUUUUUUUAGAUAAUGACAAAUGAUAGAAACAGGGCUAAUCUAAACUAAAUUCUCUAUUUUAUUUUUAAUGUGUUUUUUUUUUUUUAGUUUUAUCAUAAAAUGUAACAACCAUUAUAAGUUUGACUUUGUUUUUAUUAACUUUUUUUGCUGUGAUAUUUUGAAAUGUAUUAUUGAUAUUAAAGUGAUGUCUAAAAGCUUCUUUAAAUAUCAUUAAUUCAUUAAAGUUAUUUUGGCUCUCUGCAGCCUCCAUGCACAACCGUUUACAUGAAUAGAGUUUGGACCGAAACCGAUCGGUUGAUCGAGUUUUUGUACAAACUUUUGACAGCUUUUAGUAAUGUUAAUAUUUAAGGUGGGCACUGACGGCGAACCUGCGAUUAGCAGCAGGGAUGAAGAAGAAACUAAUCUAAUUUAUGGACUUUAUUAUCUGUUCCUGAUUUAUUACUUUGAUAUUUACUGUCUUCUACUGUUUGAACUGUUAUUUACUGUUAAGCACUGUACACAUGAACAAAUCACAUAAUAUUUACUUUAUCGAGGUAGUCGGAUAUUAGAAACGCUGGGCAGCAGCACAGAUCUGUAUUUCUGCUUUUGUAGCUGUUUUGAAGUGAAAUAAAACCUAUUUUCCUAACACUCGGCACUCUGAAUGUAAA